ACGGGGCAUCGCCUAUAUAAUUGCGCGAACUACCCAUUUCCCGCCGGAGGCGGGGGCGGGACCAUGGACCGGAGGGUCGUCUGCGGACUCCUCGCUUGGGUGGCGCUUGUUGCCGUAGCCGAGUGCUUGAGCUCCCAGUCUCAUGAGGAGAUUGGUUGCAGCAAGACGUGCGUUGCGGAGAAUUGUAAUUCUCUUGGUAUUAGAUAUGGAAAGUUUUGUGGAGUAGGAUGGAGUGGCUGUCCUGGAGAGAGUCCAUGUGAUGAUCUUGAUGCUUGUUGCAAACUUCAUGAUGAAUGUGUGGAGAAAAAAGGAAUGAUGAACGUGAAGUGCCAUGAGAAGUUUAAAAAUUGCAUCAGAAAGGUAAAGAAGUCUGGGAAAGUUGGGUUCUCUCGAGACUGCCCAUAUGAGACAGCAAUGCCAGCAAUGUUACAAGGCAUGGAUAUGGCAAUUCUUUUUAGCCAGAUAAGUAGUCCAUCCUACGAGUUGUAGAGAAGAUCUAUUAGUUUAGUCGAUGAAAAGGGCAUAACCAUUGCUAAAGCUUAUUAUUCUUGCUGUAAUGACUGCUGGGACUCACGAAAUUUUGUUCGAAUUUGAAAGAUGUUAUAGGUAUCAUACCACCAGAAAUUUUUGAGGUAUAAUAUGACAAAAUUGUAUAA